GCCAAGAUGGCAGCGUCCAUCUGAAAGACAUACUUCAUAGGAGAUCACAUCAAAAUGCUGAUUUAACCUCAGUGAAGGGCUGCAGAGUUGUAGCCAUUUAAAGCUAACAGCAACAUGAGGCGGCUUAUUAAAGUUUUCAAACAAUUCAGUAAUAAGCCGCUGCUGAGCCCCAGCGCGGGCCUGAGUUCCGUCUCCAAAUGCUCGGUUGAAGGCCACGAAAAUAAAGGAGAUACAGGGCGGCUGUUGGUGUGUGGUUCAUCUGCAGUCGUGCUGGAGAAAGUGCGAGGGCAAGUGGAGGUUCAGGAAGACUUCAUCAGUGAAGAUGAAGAGCUUGCACUGCUGAAGGAGCUUGAGCCAGGUCUCAAGAAGAAACGCUAUGAAUUCGAUCAUUGGGAUGACGCGAUCCAUGGUUAUCGGGAGACGGAGCGUUUGCAGUGGACUGCAUUGUGUGAGGCUGUGCUGGGGCGAGUCAGAGGCGUGGCGUUCCCCAAAGACAGUCAGCUUCUUGGCCCGGUGCAUGUGCUGGACCUGGACAAGGCUGGCUACAUAAAACCCCACAUCGACAGCAUCAAGUUCUGUGGCAGUACCAUUGCAGGACUGAGUCUCCUGUCCGACAGCGUGAUGCGAUUGGUCAGUGAGGACAAUGCCUCCGAUUGGCUGGACCUGCUUUUGCCCAGGCGAUCCCUGUACAUUCUGAGGAACCACGCCCGAUUUCACUUCACACACGAGAUCCUGAAAGAUGAGGAGUCAUUCUUCUCAGGGAAAAAAGUACCUCGCCAUCGUCGCAUUUCUGUAAUCUGCAGGAACCUCCCCACCUGAGGGGAGGGAGCAGAGGGGACACAUGAUUGCAGUGUGGUGGGAGUGUAUUUCAACAUUGAUCUCUGUAUUGAUGCCAGAAGCAGACCCUGCACUUACUAAUAUGUCAAUAUAUCAAUUUUCAACUUGAGUGAAUGUUUAAAAUUAGUUUAUUUCUGCCAUAGCAUUUUUUGUAAAUACAUACCUGUCCCUUUAACAGAUUGUAUUUGUUAUACAGUAUUUUGUAUAUUUUGAAGAAAAAUUGAAAUUCCUGGUAUUUUGGGGAGGGCAUUUUUGAUGUCUGUACCAAUUUUGAACGAUAAGAAUCCUCCAGAUGUUGAAAGAAUGGCUCUUUUGAAAGUAUAAGGUGACACUUGAUUUAGGAAAGAAAAGAAGUAACGGGGAGGUGUCACGUACCCACUGAGUUUAUCCGAAAUAAUCAUUCAAGCAACAAAGGGUAGGUUUGUGCUUCAGCUUUAAUCAUAGCUGUACAAUUGUACACAAAACAUGAGAAACUGAAAAUAAAUUAUGAA